CGUGCAGCGACGAUGAAGCUGGUGUGUUGUCCUGCUGUUGUGUUAGUUGUGGCAGUUAUUGGAUUAAAUACAGGUGCAGUUUUUCUGUCUGAGGACUCACCAUGGACAAUCACGGCUGGGACCACUGCAUCUGUCACUUGCGGAUACCAAAACAUAACAAACUACACAGUGUACUGGGAGAAAGAGGAACAUUCAAGGGUUACACCUGGAAAUGAAACUCUAAUUUUCCAAAACGUCCAAGUCACAGACCACGGAAACUACUCAUGCGUUAUUGAAGCGAAUGACACUGUACUGGAACAAAGAACCUUGGAAAUCCGUGUGAGCUAUCCCCCAGGGAAUAUUUCGAUAUCAGUCAGCAACAGAGUCAGAGCUAAUUACACCAUUUCGGGAGGUGCCAACGCCACUCUGGAAUGCUCUGUUGAUGGAUUUCCUCCUCCCUUCAUCACGUGGCGAAAGGAUGGCGCCAUCAUAAAGGAAGAGAACCUCACAUAUCACUAUGGCCUCCACAAGCCUCCCACUGACGGCUUCAUUAGUGUCUUCGACGUGAUCAACGCUGGGCGUGAAGACAGCGGCACCUAUGUAUGUACAGCCAACAACAGCGCCAACCAGAAUGAUAGUUCGGAGGCCGAGGUGCACCUGGCAGUGCCUAACUAUUUCCCAGUUUUACAAAAUCAAGGGGAACUUUCAAGGAGGUUCACAGUUGUUGAGGGAGAAUCAAUCGUGGUCAACUUCACAGUCGUCUCAAGUCCAAGGUCAUUAGUUGUGAAAUGGAGCCUUCAGUCAGAUGGAAGUAAUGAAACCAGUGUUUGGAGUAGGAGCGUUGACAAUUCUCUAUGGAACAUGAGGAACCGGACAUUGUCAACUGAUGUCCAGUUAUUUCAAUUCUACCACGUGAAUGUUACUGAAAACAUGACCGGUCUGUACAGGGUCAUCUUGACCAAUCGUCUUCGUCGUAAUCUGGAUUUGGAAUACAGUAUCGGAAUAGGAUAUGAUACCACUGGACGCAGCAUCAAUGCAACGGACGUUUACAGCAAUACGACUGAUCUGAAUCUCAAGGAUGACGAGGACUAUACGUGGAAGAUACUGUUGGCAGUUGUUGUUGGGGUGGUUGUCACAAAUGUUCUCCUCGUUGUCCUGUUGUCUUUCUGCAUCAGAGGCGUUAUGCCAGCGGCAGUCGAACAUGUCUACCAUGCAGUGGAUGAGAGUCUGAUGCUGGAUCUUCCUGUGACUGAGGCCAACACCAACUACAUGCGGCCCUUUGACCCCUACUCCAUGCAGCGUUAUUUAAACAGGGGCGUGACCUGCAUGGAAACAGACGUGUGAACUGUGGCUUCUCACUGAACGAUCAUCUGUUUAAUCGUCACUCAUCUUUGCCGACAACCAUUCGAAAUUGUGUCGCUCUCCAAACUGAAUCACUGGACAAGCAAAUAGUUUUUCUUUUGUAAACAUUAUCUCCACUGGUACUGGUGACCGCCUCCGUGGUCUAGUGAGCGUCAUACCAAAAGACGUUAAAAGAUGGUUCUUGAUGGAUGGAGUUUCCAUAAAUCUUUUAGUUGUACAUACUAUAUAAUGGUGUACUGCCUUAAAUAUAACUUCAUUUUCUGUAACAACGUGAUCUGCAUUGCCGUAUAACAGUAGGUGUACAAUAACAGGUAUGUUAUGAACAAUAUCUUAAAGGCUGUUAAAAAUAAUUUCACGCUGAUGACUAAACAAUGUACAUUCCAUGAGAUAAUGAUAUGCAUUUUCACAUGCAUUUGAACAUGUACAGUUCGGGUGAUCUUUUAUACCAAUUCUGUAUAAAUCAUAAUCCAAUUGACUGCAGCGGCACAUGUAUCUCAGUUUUGUGUGUAAGAUAUUAUAUUUUCUUUUUCCACAUGCGCAGUGAGUACGCAGGUGACGUGUGGUGGUGCUUUUGUAAAGAAUUUUUAAAACAAGAAAUCGUAGAAUUUCGAUCUGAUAACGGAAUAGACGUCCACAAUCGGAUGGUCGAUGGGUAAAAGGAUUCCCACGAAUGUCUUAGUCUCGUGAGAGGAACACUGAUGUUUUCAGAGUUUCUGAGACUGUAGGAGUUUGUUGCAGCAACGGUGUUUGGUAGAAUAUCUGUUAGAUAGGAAGGGGCCAUAUUAUGAUUAAUUUUAAAGAAAAUUAGAGUUUCUGAGACUGUAUGAGUUUGUUGCAGCAACGGUGUUUGGUAGAAUAUCUGUUAGAUAGGAAGGGGCCAUAUUAUGAUAAAUGUUAAAGAAAAGACAAAGUUUACGUUUCUUUCUACGCUCAACAAAGGGUUCCCAACCGGUUUCGUAAUAUAAUGAAUGCCUAGGGGCAUAUUUAGGUAGACCAGUUACAAUGCGUGCAGCUUCUAAUUGUAAUUGUUCUAAUUUCUCACUUUGUCCUUCGGUGCAACCAUCCCAUACCUCACAUGCGUAUUCAAAGUGUUGUCUUAUGAACAAUUUUAUAUAUAUUGUUAAUAGUAUUUCUGUGAAGGAGAUGUUUGAGUUUUCUCAUUGAGUAAAUCAUCUUGUAAGUUGUUUUUAUUAUGGUAUCUAUAUAAGACCAUUUGCCACUGGCUUCAAGUAUAACACCCAAGUGCUUAUGACUAUUUACAGAGCUGAUUACUUUUCCGUUGAAAUAUAGUUGUAGACCUCCAAUGUUGUCUUUGCGAGAGAAUAGAACUGAUUUAUUCUUGUCGGGAUUGUAAGUUAUGAGCCAAAGUUUCGCCAAUUCACUUAAGAUUGCUAGAUUUGAGCUUAAGGAACGUUCCAGUACACUGUUAUCAUAGGAGGACAUGCCAAUCGAUGAAUCGUCGUCAAAAAGUCUUGUUAUACAGUCUAAGUUGUCAGCAAUGUCAUUUACAUAAACAAUAAAGAGUAAAGGACCAAGCACGGACCCCUGUGGCACGCCAACCUUCAUAUUUCUUGGUUUGGAUAUUUCCCCAUUGACAAAUACGCUUUGGCUACGGUUACUUAUGUAACUGGUAAGCCAUUUUAACAAUUGACCUUUUAUACCAUACCUCUCUAAUUUAUACACACGCCCACUGUGCCAUACACGAUCAAAGGCUUUUGAUACAUCACAGAAUUCAAUAAAAUAGUUUUCUUUGUUAUCUAAUGCUGUACAAAUUUGAUGAUAAAGUUCCAUUAGUUGAUGGACAGUUGAGUGACCAGCCUGAAACCCAGAUUGGUACUUAUACCAAACGCAACCAACCAAUUCACCGAGUCUGACCACCCAAUCGCCGUUCUUUAUAAAAAGAUAUCAAAGGCUUCUAUUUUUAUAAUCUCGAUCAAUUUAUCGGACUGUCAGUUGAAAAACGUUAGUGCAUUCUGUUCCCAUUUUGCUACAGAAACAUAAAGGGAAAUCACUCACUGUGCUAAGA